CUCCUGGCUAUUGUCCUGUUCUCACUAAAUGCGCUGAGCGAUCUGAGGUGUCCCUCUUAUUCAACGUCUAAUAGUGACCGCAGCCCUUUUCAGACUGACUGGUCAUUUACUGGUAAAAAACACAGAAUCCAGGAUAAAAUACAGUGGCUUUGGACUUUUAAUUUGUAUCUACUGGUUUGCCGUUCACUCCUGUGAUCUCGUCGCCAGCCGCCAGAGUCCCCUCCAGAGCAGCAGGGGUGUUGUCAAAGACCUGACAGAGAUCCCAGUUACAGGAAAUAAGGUUAUCUUGUCCGAUCCCAGUCCGUCUUGCAACUCAAACAACAUUCAGGGCCGCUUUCACCACUAGUGAAAACAUAGCAAUGCCAAUGGAACUUGAGCUGAAGCAUGUGGAGCUGAGAGCUGGAGACCAGUUCAAAGUGCAGGGAAGGAUUAUGGAUGAGGCUGAGAGGUUCCAGAUCGACCUGGGCUGUGAUGAAGACGACCUGGCACUGCACUUUAAUCCACGCUUCAACGAUGACACUGAUGGGACUGUGCUCGUAUGCAACUCAAAGAUUGCUGGCUGCUGGGGUGAUGAGAAGAGAGAGAUCCACAAUCCACUCCAAAGGGGUUCUACAUUCAAGAUUGUGCUGAAGCUGACGGGCGACAUGUUUGAAGUGGAGAUGCCUGAUGGACAGGAGAUCCAGUUCCCCAAUCGUGAAGGCCUAGACGUCAUUACCUACAUUCGUAUCAAAGGAGACCUCAAACUUACUUCUUUCAAAAUCUACUAGACCCCAAUAUAUGAGGGGUGAAUUAGUUAGAUCAAUGGGUUAGGACAGGAUCAAUGACAUUUAUCAAAUCAUUGUUCUAAUAUAUGAAUUAGCGAACUGUUGGACAUAUUAAAUAUGUAUCUGGGUUGACCACAGUCUGUCAUUGUUUAUCUUUUUCCCCAAUGGUAUGGUAUAUUUGUUGCAAUAAUAUUCACAAUCGACGUACACUAAACACAAGGGUAAAAUGAGGAUAAGGUUAUAGUACCAUUGGUCAAUCACUUUGAUUCCUUUACUACUACUACUACAAAAAGUGUUGCACCCACAUCUUGGCCAGGUGAAAUAUUGGAGUCAAUAUGGAAUUAUAUUGGUGAGAAAGAGCAAACAAUAUGUUUAAUUCAUAAUUUCAGAGCAUUUAUUGAGUAUUUGCUUACGGUAAUACAAUACAAAUAGUACAAAGGCUUUAUCACUUGACAGGAAAUGUGAUAAAUUGUUCACACUCAAAACAUUGCAUAUACAUUUUUGAUCCCAAAAUGAGGCCAAUAACUAGGCUUUUUCCUGUUAGUCUAUCAGAUUGAGUUAAAUGAUUGUAUCAAAAUAAGAUGUGUAAUAGGCCUAGCUGAUUAGAAUAAUACAAGAGGUGCAUUAUUGUACAUUGCUCAAGGGCACACUGCCAAGAGGUUUUUCAGUUUCUGACUAUGUUCAUGUUUACAAUGUCAACAUGUUUACAAUAUCAUGCUUGUGCCAUCAUGUCUGUAUGUUUUUACUAUUUGAGCUCCCUUAGAUUUUCUUUAAGCUUUCAAUAGCUUGCUGUUUUGUGAACUUCCUCCAUUCAAUUGGAAUUUCACCUUCACUCUGAAAUUCUUUUUCAUAAACCCUUUCCAGGUCUUUUUGAAAUCGACAAACAAACCACUUCCAGUAUGGAAGUUCAGAGAGGUCUGGGGUGAUGCUCCAAUCAGCAAAUCUUGGGACAGCUUUUCUGUAUUCUUUCAAAAUAUAUUUAUCCUCUGAUUCAUGGGAUGGGUAAAACCAGCCAUUACUUGUUACUGAAGUUGUACAAACAUCAAUACAAAAUUCUACUUAGUCUUUGAAGUGCCAUCCAUUGAUUGCUUUAGGGCGAUGAAAAGGGACAUUGUGAUCCUUCGGUGGGUGUCCCUCCAUGUUGUUUGUGCAGAUGGCUUUACAGAAGGGACACUGUGCCCAGCAAUCACAAAAGUGUUUGAUUAGAAUCUCAUCUGGCCUCUCCCUGAACUGCUUCAUGUGCAGGAGUGACACAUUGCUGAGGCUUCUGUUGAUCUCCAUGAUUCUUUUGGUAAGACCUUGCCUUACCUCUUCUUCGAGGAAGUCAAAGUCGGUUAUGUCACAGAAAUCACUGAAAUGCUUUUCAGCAAAUUUCAGCUAAUCUUUUAGAGCACUGGAAAGCUCUCUAAGCCACAUGUUGGUGUCUCCAUUCCUGUUUUUGACCGUGUUUGUUGCUGUAUGCACUGCAUGUCUCACACGCUGCUCUUUACCUUUUAUGUUCCCUUCAAUUUUUUCUUUCAGGAUAUAUUUCUCUACCUCCUCUCUAAUAAAUCUCUCAAAGUGUUUCCUUGGGUUGUGAAUGUAGGUCAUGAAUUUGUCAAAGUUCUCCUCCUCCGCCAGUGAUGUCAGGAUGUGUUUUUCUAUGUUAGACCUAUUUCCACUGAAUGGUGGGUGACUUACUUGCAUUUCUACAGCCAAGUCAAUGGCCGUCUGGUCAUAGGCCGCCUGUACAAUCGAUUCUUUCAGUGUGUUGCAAAUUAACUCCCCAAGCACAGCUGCAGAUGAGGAACCUUUGCAGUAGUUCUUGAAAAUCUUGUUGUACUGUGGUCUCUUCUUCUCCAGGUAAGUAAGGGCAUCAUUGUUGCUUCUGAAUUUGCUAUGGGAAUCUGCUAACUUACUUCCUGCAAGCUCACACACAUGAAGUGAAAGAUCCACCGUAAACUCCAUUUUGAAUGCAUAUUCAAAUUCAUUCACGCUUUCUUUGACAUUAGUUGCUAUUUCUUGCAUGUAACUGUCAUUGUAUCCCAUCUUUUCUAUGGGCUUUGUCUCGAUUAUCUUCUGGCUUUGUUUGACAACAUCAUUGGUGAAAGCUCUUAUCAAUUCCUGAUCUGUGUAUGUUAGAAUGUUGCUUGGACCAAUGUGGUCAAUUGUCAUGUUCUCUGGAGACUUAAACCAAAGAAAACUCUUAAAAGCAUCCCACACAUUCUUUAGCUUCAUUUGAGCAUCUUUUGAGUGUUGAUCAUUGUUAUGAAGAUCUUGGUGCUUAGAUACAAUUACAUAC